GAGGCUCUUCAGCUGCCGUUAGCAUCUCAAGGAGAGGCUGGGACCAGAGUCCAGAUGUCAGCUUGCUCCUACCUGCAUCCCUCGCCUCCUUGCAGGAAGUUUGAGUUUAAUCCAAAGUGGGGCAUUGAUAAUCCUGUCCUCUCUCUGGCUGAAGACUACGACCCCUCUGAUCUCUGGAGCCUGCAGCGGCCUCGUUUCUGUCUGCUGAGCAAAGAGGAAGGCAGGAGUUUUGGCUUCCACCUGCAGCAGGAGCUGGGCAGGGCUGGGCCUGUGGUGUGCAGGGUGGAGCCUGGCACCUCCGCCCAGCACCAGGGUCUUCGGGAAGGGGACCGGAUCCUGGGGGUGAAUGACCACGUCGUGGAAUGUGAAGACUAUGCUGUGGUGGUUCGCCGCAUCCGGGCUAGCGGUCCUCGGGUGCUGCUGACGGUCUUGGCGAGGCACGUGCAUGACGUGGCUCAAGCUCAGCAGGGCAACAGUGCUCACCUCUGUCCUCCUCUUGGCCCGCGGGUCCGGCCCCGACUAUGCCACGUAGUGAAAGAUGACAGUGGCUUUGGCUUCAGUGUCACCUACAGCCAUCAGGGUCCUUUCUGGCUGGUGCUGAGUCCCGGAGGAGCAGCGGAGCGGGCAGGGGUGCCCCCGGGGGCCCGGCUGCUAGAAGUGAACGGGGUCAGCGUGGAGAACUUCACUUACAGCCAACUCAGCAGAAAGCUUUGGCAGAGUGGAGAGCAAGUGACCCUGCUGGUAGCAGGGCCAGAGGUGGAGGAACAGUGUCGCCAGCUGGGAAUGCCCCUGGCCGCGCCCCUGGCAGAGGGCUGGGCGCUGCCCACCAGGCCCCGCUGUCUGCACCUAAAGAAAGGGCCCCAGGGCUUUGGGUUCCUGCUUCGUGAGGAGAAAGGUCUUGAUGGUCGCCCUGGACAGUUCCUGUGGGAGGUGGACCCAGGACUACCAGCUGAGAAAGCCGGGAUGCAGGCCGGGGACCGGCUGGUGGCUGUGGCUGAGGAAAGUGUGGAGGGGCUGGGCCAUGAGGAGACGGUGUCCAGGAUCCGGGCGCAGGGCUCCUGUGUCUCCCUCACUGUUGUCGACCCUAAGGCUGACCGCUUCUUCAGCAUGGUUCGCUUGUCUCCACUUCUCUUCUUGGAUAGCACGGAGGCUCCUGCCUCUCCCCAGGAAACCUGCUCAGCCUCUCUGGUUGAAACCAAGGACCUACCAGAUGACGGGACAGCCACGCCUCCUGCCCUGGGCGGCUCCCACCAGUGCUCCCUGUAUCCUGGGCCGGGCGGUGCCUAUGGUUUCCGACUUAGCUGUGUGGCCAGUGAGCCUCGCAUCUUCAUCUCCCAGGUGACCCUAGGAGGCUCAGCGGCCCGGGCAGGGCUGCAAAUGGGAGAUGUGAUUCUGGAGGUGAACGGGUAUCCCAUGGGUGGAGAGAAUGACCUGGAAAAGCUUCAGCAGCUGGCCGAGGCUGAGCCACCCCUCCACCUGAAGCUGGCAGCGAGGUCUUGCCCGGGCUCGGAAGCCUGCAACCCCCCCAGGUUUGGAGAGGACUGGGCUCCAGCGUCAGAGCUGCUGUAGUCCUCUCCUACCUGCACAGAUCUGCCCAGUGGCCUUCCUGUCUUCACUCUCCUGCUUGCAAUGGUAGGAGCUGAGAAGCUCUCUUUAAGCCAGAAGGGACAGCUCUAGGAUUCUGGACACCUCCAAUCACAGGAUUGCCCAGGGUCUCCCUCCCUUCCCUGGGGCCCGCCUCCCAGAAGAAGGUGUGGCCAGAGGCCUUAGGCAGGCCCACUAGGGGGCGGGGCGGGGGGGGUUGUCCUCUGGUUCCAGAGGGAGUCCUAUGGGAGCUUUGGGAGUUGUGUUCCCAUGGAUGAGUGGUGUGAUUUUGUGAUUUAUAAUAAAUUAUACUCUUUCCCGGCACAGAGCUCCUAAAACCCUUGGAAUUUCCU